AUGUUGAGGCGCUUGUUCCUAACCGGUAUCGCGGCAUUCACCGCAGCUUCGCCGCUCAAAACGAAAAUCGGAAUCCCUUCGCGUCAUCUCAAUCUAACUUGGGAGAUCGUCCCGACCGGAAGUCAGCAGCAAUUUCGCGGUCUUUCCCCAGUCUCCGACAAGAUCGCUUGGGUCUCGGGCACCAAUGGAACCGUCCUCCGCACCACAGAUGGCGGCGCAUCGUGGACCGUAGUUGGACCUUCACUUGCUGCAGAAGAUGCCGAGCUGCAGUUCCGCGACGUCCACGCCUUCUCUGCUGAGAAAGCCGUGAUUCUUUCAAUUGGCGAGGGGACAGACUCACGCGUCUACAUCACCUCUGAUGGCGGUGCCACCUGGGCUCAGAAAUUUGCGAACGAAGAACCUGCGGCGUUCUACAACUGCGUCGACUUCGAGGAUGAGAACAGGGGCAUUGCAGUCAGCGACCCAGUCGACGGCAAGUUUCGACUAAUCGAGACGCUGGAUGCAGGAGAAACAUGGAACAUCGUCGACUCGAGCGGCAUGGCGCCAGCUUUGGAGGGAGAGUUUGGAUUCGCCGCUAGCGGCACUUGCAUUUCAACGGCAGCUGGGCGGUGGUAUCUGGCAUCUGGUGGUGUCGAUCCCGGACGAGUCUUUCGUAGUCCUGAUGGUCACAGCUGGGACGCCUCAAACAGCACGAUUGCGGGUGGCGCGGCAGCUGGAGUCUUUUCGGUGCGUUUCAGAGAUGAGGUUCAUGGCAUUGCAGUGGGCGGUGACUUCCGUGUGGUCAACGGAUCGGCGUACACUUCGGCAUGGUCCGAGGACGGCGGGGUGACAUGGACGGCAUCGGAGGUAUUCCCGGGCGGGUACAGGUCCGGGUCAUCGUGGGCGCCGGGCUUGUGUGGGGUUGCAGUUGCUGUCGGGCCGUCGGGGUCGGAUAUCACGGUUGAUGGUGGCCGUACAUGGAAGACAUUUGACACUGGCUCAUUCGACAGCGUCGAGUGUCUUGGAGGGCGUGUUUGCUGGGCGUCAGGAUCAGGCGGAAGAGUCGGGAGGCUCUCUCUGAAAUGA